AUGGAUAUAGACGGGUAUAUGUCCUAUAUAUUGAAUAAAGCAACCAAACCAGGGAAUUGCCCGAAUUCCUCCCCCGGCAAAAUGCGGGCGUGCGAGAUAAGCAAAUGGACGAGAAACGAAAACAAGGAACAGUCAUGGCGCAAGGCUCCCAUUGUGUCCGAGAGAGCCGACGCCUUGAGGAACUCGCUAAACAUGACAAGCCAAAUAUGCAAGAAUUUAGAAAAGUGGGCCUCGAGUCUAGAGAGGAGGAAAACCGGCGUCUAUUGGUCGGAGUCAGCGCCUUGUAAUGUGGACACUAUGGGGUUACAGCUAACCGGAGGAAAAAGCAGGUCAGGUUGCAUGGAAAAUCGGAACAACUGGCGGUGGCAAGAACUGGACGGCAACUAUAAUACCAUAGCAGACGAGACCAGGAGCAGGAGAUUUAGGGUAUGUGAGGACUUAGUGUAUCUGUUAAUUGAGAGUUUUGGGUUGGAGACCAAAUAUGAAGGAAAGGAGCCUGUGCUCAAGCUGAAUGCAGAGGGCUGUAGGAACUUCUACCGACACUUGACAGAGUGGGGGGGAGAUGAUGUGGCGGAGCAUAUAAUGAACAACUGGUUUACGAACUUGGGAGGGGAGCGAGAGGGAAACUCGGAGUAUAUAAUUCAAGGGAAGGAUUGGUUUGAGGUGAUCCAAGAGAUGUUUUGGGGUCAUCAAAGGGCAAAGAAGGAUAUUGGUUGUCAGUUCAAGGGAGAAGGUCGCGAGUGUCUGGGGCAUGAUCAGGACGCGAAAUGGUGUAAUGUAGAUCUGACUAAAGGGAACAGAGAUACGACGCAUCAAAGCACCAUCACAGACCGAGCCGCAAGCCGAAGGGGGGGAGGGGUGCCCCCCCAAAGCGAGCACAACGGCGAGGUGGAAUAUGGGGAGUGGCCAGGGAAG